GGAGUGGCAUGUGCGGCCAUGUUGAAAUGUAACAUUUAAGUUCUUCCUCGUUUUGCGGCCUAUUGUGGGCGGAAAACAUAACAAGUCCCUUUCAGUCUGGACAAACCAGUCAAAAGGCUUUUCUGCCCGUAAUAGGAAGUCGUAAUUUCCUUGAAAUAGUGGCUGGGAAAAUGGAUUUUAGCCGCUCAACUGUAAAGGAUAGUGAAACAUUCCCAUGGGACUUGGAGAAUAAAAGUAGCAUUCAGAAGGAGGAGUGUAGUAUCAAGAAUUAUGGCGUUACAACUUCAACUCAUACCAAAGAUAGUUUUCCUUUAUUUGAAACUCUCUAUGAAAACAUCUAUCUUGGCAACAAAAAAAAAAGAGUGAAUAAAGAAAUCCGUCGAAUGACAUGCGAUUGUUCAUAUUGUCCAGAUGAGCAUAACUUUGUUGGCUGCGGUGAAGACUGCAUCAACAGAGUAUUGAUGAUAGAGUGCAAUAGACGAUGCCCAUGUGGUGAAUUCUGCUCCAAUAGAAAAUUCCAAAUCGGGCAGAGAAUUCGUGUGGAGGUAUUCAAGACUGAGAAAAAAGGAUGGGGUCUUCGCACUUUGGAAGAUGUUAAAGAACAUCAGUUCAUAAUGGAGUAUUGUGGCGAGGUGAUGGGAUAUGAAGAAUUUGAGAAACGUGUUGAAACAUACGAUAAAGAGAACAGACAACACUACUACUUCAUGACAUUAAAAGCGGAUGAGAUAAUCGAUGCAACUUACAAAGGGAAUCAGUCACGUUUCAUUAACCAUAGCUGUGACCCAAACUGUGAAACUCAGAAGUGGACUGUCAAUGGUUACCUGAGAAUUGGGUUUUUUUCACUGAGACAGAUCCCAGCUGGAACUGAACUGACUUUUGAUUACAAGUUUCAACGUUAUGGGAAAAAAGCUCAAGUGUGCUAUUGUGAAUCUCAAAAUUGCCUCGGGGUUAUCGGAGGGGAAAAACACAUGCCAUUGAAAGCCAUAGUAUCUGCCUCGUCUGUACGAUCAAGUUCACCAAGACGAAAUCGUCGCCGGCGUUUGGCAGAGCAAUUUAAUGAUAAACCGUUGGAAUUGGAGAUAGCUCAGCUGUUGGCUGGCGAUAAAGGAUUAAGAACGGACAACCAGGCCUUAAAGUUAUCACAGUUUAUGGUUCGUGCUGAAACAACAUCACAGCGUUUUUUGUUACUCGAUGCUCUCGCGGCGACUGUUGAUCAAAAUUGCUUGAAAAACUUCGUGAAGUAUCAAGGUUUAUCUCUCCUGUGGAGUUGGAUGGUUGAUCUCGGUGAGAAUUCUCGAAAACUUCAAAAGAAGAUCGUACAAGUAUUAAAGCAUCUGCCAGUCGCGAACUUAAAUCAAGUCAAAGAUACAAAAGUACUCAAGGUGAUUCGUAAAUGGGCAAAGCAGCCUUCUGUAUCGACAGCACCCGAAGAAGAGACGAGCUCCAGUGAUGUCGACUCUCGAGGACUUAGUCCCGCCGAUGCAUUGGAGGAUUCUUCAAGACGAGAUGCUUAUAUCACUUCCAGCUCUGAAGACCUAAAAGCGAUAGCCGAAGUAGACACGGGAAAUAUGGAUAAUUUAGAAAAAGUUAAAGAAAUGCAAAAUGAAGACAAGGGAACCUCUAAGGAGAAUCUUUUAUUUGUAGCAAAGGGAUUGCAAGAGUGUAGUUCAAAUAACGAGUUUUUAAACACCGAAAGUAAGAAAUUAUUUGAGGUUGUACCGGAGUGUGAUAAAACCAUCUCAACGAAUUCUGCCAUUAAAACUGAUGGGACGAACACUGUGAAUGAAUUCAAGCAAUUCGAGCAGAAAAUUGUUGAACUUAAACCCAAUCGGGUAAAAAAUCGACUGAAACAUAUCGCUUUAUAUAGUAAGAUAUUUGAUCGAAAUAGUGAAUCAUCUGGGGAAGAAUCCUCAAAGUAUUCGGAAGACGAGGCGACAUUGAGUGAUGGCGAAAGUGUUAUAGAUAUAGCUGCUGAUCUAUUAAACCAAUGGAGCAGUUUAAAGGAAGUUUAUCGAAUUCCAAAGAAAUCUUCGCACUUGAUGCAGCGUGAAUUAGUGUCUACCUCGGAUACAAUGGAAGGAAAAGUCGUAGACGUGAGUAGCAAGAGCAGACAUGUCGUCAAUACCGUUGACAUACCAAAGAUUGACGAAGAUCUUUUCAAGAAAGACGAAUUUCUAUCAAAGUUGUUUGCACAAGAGUUAAGCCCAUCAAAAGCACUCCAAGGAAAUGCUUCACCUUCAAAUAGUGAACUUUUUACAUCCGUUAGUACUCGUUGCCCGGACACAAGUGUUGCACUAAGUGACGGGAACAAAACGUCUGUAAAUCAACGCUUACAGAAUGUUGCCAGUGCCAUGAAUAAUGAAGAUCAUAAAGUAUCCUUAAAGAAAGCAAAAAAGAAUGAAGAUCAGUUGUCGACUAAAGAGAAAGAACAGCCUUCGUGGACAAAGUCAUCUAAUUUCAAGGAAGUUGAUCCCGGCAAAACAACGUCGAAUACAACACCAUCAAUACAAACCAACCCAUGGAAUACCCAAAAUCCUUCCUCGCAAACCAUUUUCUCUAUUACAUCGACGAUGGGCCCUCCACAGUACCCAGCUCCUCAUCAAAACACCACAUCACAAGCAAACCUAGAGCAACAAACAGGAUACCAAACCACGUGGAAUAAUUUGGUUAAUGGCCGUACCACCCACUCUGGGUUUAAUCAGUUACCUCCACCACCACCAGUGCAAAAAACUCAAAAUCCCCCACCUAGCACCUACAACCAAGGAUAUCAAAUUCAAACAACUCCGUUCGGGUAUCAUCAAACAGCCAGCCAAAAUCAUGCAUAUAAUCAAGCUGUGUUGAACUGGGCUAAUACAAACAACUCAACUUCACAUCCUUAUCCAUCUGGAUAUCCCUCGCAAUUUCCAAUGAAUCCAGCAAAUUUCGCCAAUAUUCUACCUAACAUGUCAAACAUUCAAUCCAUUCAGUAUAAUUCGAGGGAGCAAAUUUCAAGAUCUAAUGUUGCGAUGGUUACUUCUACCGCUUCUAACUCGGAAUGGGCCGCUUAUGAUGCCUAUGAUAAAACGCAAGAGAUGCCUCUCCCCCCUGACUGGAAAAGAGCUUACGAUGGAGAGGGUAGAGCGUAUUACUAUCAUAUAGUUACUAGGCAAACACAAUGGGAACCUCCAAUAUCUGACCGAAGUCCUCCCACACCAGAGCUUGGCUUCCUUGGCGAUCAACUCGACUCGAGGAUAGAUCCCAACUUCUUUACGUCUCACAUCGCAGAAGAUGUCAAUAUGGAAGUGGUCGAUACGAGAAAGUCGAAGAAGCCUCGCUCGCCAUCCACGCCUCCUGGUUCUCCACCAAAAAGUCCAAUGAGAAAGUGUGCAGCUGCCGACACUACUGACAUAAGAAAAGGAGCCUACUCACCAUCAUCAUUGUUACAGGGACGCCAUCUUACAUGUGAACAGAGGAAACGUCGAGAGACGUUUAGGGUUAAGUUAUCCAACGUGGUUGUGAAUUACCUCAAUCCUUAUCACAAAGUUGAUUGUAAAAUUGGGCGUAUAACAUGUGUUGAAGAUUUUAAAUUUUUGGCGAGAAAGCUUACUCACGGCGUUAUGGUGAAAGAGUUAGGUCGACUUAAAGAUGAGAGCACUUUAGCUUGCAAUGAUUCUGUUAAAAUAAAGACAAAGGAGUACAUUCGUAAUUAUAUGCAAAAAUUUGGACCUGUGUUCAAGCCAUCUUAACCUAUCCAAUUUUACUUGCUACAGAUUUAAAAAAUCUUCCGUAGUUUUUGGUUUUUGAUGUGUAAAUGUAUGUAUAAUAUUGUUCUAUUGUAAAUAGAUGACGAGUUUCCUUGCCGAGUGUUGAAAUGUUAAUGAAAUUGUCAAUUGUAGUUAUGAAUUGUAUAGUAAUUUUAAGGAGACAUUUUUCUCUCCUCCCAAAAUAUACAUUGCAGCCGUAUUUUGUAUGUUUUCGAUAUGAAACUCGAAACAUGGCUGAACUUCA